UUUUCCCUCCUUUGGACUUCAGGAGCCUCCCUCCCUCCCCCCCAGCCCUCAGAUCCCAGCAGAUCCCCUCGCGCGGGCAGAGGCCGAGGAGCACGGUGCAGCGGCGCAGGGGGAACGAGCCGAGGCCGGGGUUACGCGCGGAGCACUUUCUCGAGGGAGCCGCGCUGCUGUGGAUGGGAAGAGGAUGCAUUGUGGGUUGCUGGAGGAGCCCGACAUGGAUUCCACAGAGAGCUGGAUCGAGAGGUGUCUCAGCGAGAGCGAGAACAAGCGCUACUCCAGCCACACGUCCCUGGGCAACAUGUCCAACGACGAAAAUGAAGAAAAAGAAAACAACAGAGCAUCCAAACCUCAUUCGACUCCAGCAACUUUACAGUGGCUGGAGGAGAACUACGAGAUUGCUGAGGGAGUGUGCAUUCCUCGCAGUGCGCUCUACAUGCACUAUCUGGACUUCUGCGAGAAGCACGACACACAACCUGUCAAUGCAGCCAGCUUUGGCAAGAUAAUAAGGCAGCAGUUUCCACAGCUAACAACAAGGCGACUGGGAACCAGAGGCCAGUCAAAAUAUCAUUAUUAUGGGAUAGCAGUGAAGGAGAGCUCCCAGUACUAUGACGUGAUGUACUCUAAGAAAGGGGCCGCCUGGGUGAACGAGACGGGCAAGAAGGAGGUCACCAAGCAGACAGUGGCGUAUUCACCCCGCUCCAAGCUGGGGACGCUCCUGCCAGACUUCCCAAAUGUCAAAGACCUAAAUCUGCCCACGAGCCUGCCAGAGGAGAAGGUUUCCACCUUUAUUAUGAUGUACAGAACGCACUGCCAGAGGAUCCUGGAUACCGUUAUACGGGCAAACUUUGAUGAAGUACAGAGUUUCCUGCUGCAUUUCUGGCAGGGCAUGCCGCCCCACAUGCUACCUGUUCUGGGUUCCCCCACUGUGGUCAACAUCGUGGGUGUCUGUGACUCCAUCCUCUACAAAGCAAUCUCUGGGGUGCUUAUGCCCACCGUGCUGCAGGCAUUACCUGACAGCUUGACGCAGGUGAUCCGUAAGUUUGCGAAACAGCUGGACGAAUGGCUCAAGGUUGCAUUACAUGACCUCCCGGAGAACUUGCGGAACAUAAAGUUUGAGUUGUCCAGAAGAUUUUCACAGAUUCUUAGACGACAAACAUCACUGAAUCAUCUUUGUCAGGCCUCCCGAACUGUUAUCCACAGUGCGGACAUCACUUUCCAGAUGCUGGAAGACUGGAGAAAUGUAGAUCUGAACAGCAUCACCAAGCAAACACUGUACACUAUGGAGGACUCGCAAGAAGAGCACAGAAAGCUCAUCAUCCAGCUGUACCAGGAGUUUGACCGGCUGCUGGAGGAGCAGUCGCCCAUCGAGUCGUACAUCGAGUGGCUGGACUCUAUGGUGGACCGCUGUGUGGUGAAGAUGGCAGGGAAGAGGUCAGGAGGCCUGAAGAAAGUGGCCCAGCAGUUCCUGCUCAUGUGGUCAUGCUUUGGGACCAGAGUCAUUCGGGACAUGACCCUUCACAGUGCCCCCAGCUUCGGGUCCUUCCACCUGAUCCACCUCAUGUUUGAUGACUAUGUCUUGUAUCUGCUGGAGUCUCUGCACUGUCAAGAGAGGGCCAAUGAGCUGAUGAAGGCCAUGAAGGGGGAAGGGAGCACAGACAGGGGAGAACAUGUGAUGCCUCCGGAAGCCACGCCCCCUCUGAUGUCCCCGAGACCCUAUUCACCUGCCAAGUCUGUCAACUCCGUCAGAGUUGCCGCAGGCCAUUCCCCGGACACCCCUCAAUCCCCCGACUACCCUGGUAUCCCAGCAACCACAGGUGCAAUCCAGUCGUACACCUGGUCCCUCACAUACACAGUGACCACUUCGGAAAACUCUCCCUCAGAGGGCAGCCAGCAGCUUCCCUGCAUGCGUGGCGGCCCCGUGCCGCCUCCCUCGACCGCCCACCGGAUGCCAGUGUAUCCCCAUCGGGAUGAGCAUGGGUACACAGGCAGCUACAACUAUGGCAGCUACUCAAACCAGCACCACCACCCCAUCCAGAACCAGUACCCUGCGCUGCCUCACGAGCCGGGGAUCGGAACGUCCCUCCACUACCCCGCUUACCACCGCACCAGCACACAGUACCCACUCAACAGCCAGAUGUCCCGAAUGGAGCCAUGCUUAAUGGGGGGGACCCCCAGGCUUCACCCCACACCGGUGACCCCACGCUGGCCGGAUGUCCCACCAGCUAACAGCUGCUAUUCCAGCCCCCCCAUGCACUCCUCACGCUACCCCCCAUCGGGGGAUGUGUACUCCUCCUUGGUGCCGCGCAGAAAUUCGGAAUAUGAGCAUGUGCAACACUUCCCUGGCUUUGCCUACAUCAAUAGUGAGGCCACGACAGGUUGGGCCAAGUAGCCUCUACUUCUUGCCAUCCUCUUCCACCUCCCUAUAGAGGCUCGUCGACCUCAGCCAGCGGAUGCCAAUCCCCCUGCACUGCCCUACCUUCCCCGACCCACACGUUUCACUGGAUUUGGAGACUUGAAGAUUAGCACUGGAGAUCAUCAUGAGGCGCGGUGAUGGUCCAACAUAGUUUCAAGUAUUUUCAGAGUCUGUGGGUAAUCUGACGUCCAGAGUUGUGGGAGCAGCUUGUUGGGCUGUGUGUUCUCUGGAAGGAGCAGCAUGGCGGCCAUAAGAGAAGGUGACCUGUCAUUGCCAAGCUGUACCUUGUUUCCCUUCCAAGUGGAUGUCCUUUGAGGAUGUUGGUGGUGUGGGCCUCACCACUGAUUGUAUUCAAAUCCCCACCAAGUGACUUCUGUGCGAUGGUGUGCACAAAAGGGUGUCCACUUCCUUCAACCCUAUGGUUCACACCUGUUUAAAAAAAACAUCACAGCUGUUUGUGAACCGUUAGCAUGUUUUGCCAUCUUGUCAGGUCUGUUGUACGUAUAUUUCCUCUUUGGUGUGCUGCACAACGGAGCUGUGCAAGUUGCCACCAGCAACCAAGGAUUGUCGAUAACAUAUCAACAAGAAGUAUGAGGACGAUGGUGUGCGCUCAGCACAAAAACGUAACAUAAGGGAUUUUCUUUUCAACCAGAUUACAUUUUAUCGUGAUAAAUAUUUUGCAUUUUCCAUUGCUGAAACAUUGCAACGCUGUCCUUCUGAGUGUGUAUUGUGUUCAACAUUACAGUCUCUGUUACUGUAUUUCUAUGAGAACUUACUGUAGACAUAUUUUCUGUCACUUUGUAACAUGGUGUUUUUUUGCCACUGUU